AUGAAGCUCACCUGUGCCCUGCUCCUUUUGGCCACCGUGGCGUUCGUCCUGGUGGACCAGACCAGUGCAGCCACUGGCACAACCACAGCCACGACGGAGGCAGCCACCACAACCACUACCACCGAAACCACCACCAGCACAACCACCGAAUCCACCACCACCACCACGACCACGGCCGCAAGCACUGACAAAAAGAUGUAUAUAGUUCACCACCAUAACGAAAUAAACAAGGCCGGUGUAAAAGGGACAAUACACGGUACCAAACUUGUACACGGUAAAAGCGGAAAAAAUAAAAGCGGCGAAAACAAGAAAAGCGGCAAAAGCAACCGUAGGAGCAAAGGCAACCGUAGAGGCCGUGGCAGCCGUAGAAACCGUAGAAGCGGUUAA